AUGGAACGAACAACAACAACAACAAAAACAACCAAUAAUCAACAACAACAGCAACAACAACAACAACAACAAGAAUUUGUCCGUUAUAAUGGUUGGAAUCGGCCAUUUCAUUAUUUUCAAUUAAUUGGCUGGACCAUUUAUAUUGUUUUUGGUUUCAUUAAUUUUCUUCUAUUCAUACCGAACAUGUCGUCUUCCAUUGAUCAUCAUAAUAAUCAUAAUAAUGUAUUGCCUUUUCUAAUAUAUAAUCUAUUCAUUUAUUUAAUGCAUUUUUUCACACAUAUUAUUGCAUCAACAAUCAAUCCAAUUGAUAAUAAUGUAUUGGCCAAAUAUAGUGAACAAAAACAAUUGAAACCGAAAAAAUUUGAUCGUAAUAAACAUGAACAUGUGAUUGAAAAUCAAUUCUGUUAUAUAUGUGAAUCAAAUGUGGAUAUGAAAUCAAAACAUUGUAGUAUUUGUAAUAAAUGUGUUUCAAAUUUUGAUCAUCAUUGUAAAUGGUUAAAUAAUUGUGUUGGUGGUAAAAAUUAUCAUUGGUUUGUAUUGUCAAUGAUUACGGCAUUGAUACAAGCAUUGACCAUAUUGGUUACAGCCAUUUUAUUGAUCAUUUCAUUACAUGUAAAGGAUUUUAUGCAAACAUCAAAAUUAGUGAUUGUCCAUUAUGAAUUUGAUAACGAAGGAACCAUUAAAAUUAUAUGGUCAAUCAUUCUGUAUAUAACAUUGGUUGUAUCAACUAUUUCAACAUUAUUAUUACUUCAUCUUUGUAUUUUUCAUAUAUUUUUAAAUAUAAUUGGUGAAUCUACAUAUGAAUUUGUGAUGAGACAAAGAUCAUUGCUGAAACAGGCAAGACAAUCACCAUCAACAACAAUGGGAAAGAAUGAAUCGACAUCAAUGAAUAGACAAUCGCAACAAACAAAAAUCAAUAUUGGCCAUGAUGAACAACCAUUACAGCGUGGUAAUAAAUCAUCAUUGUUUACAAUGUUCAAUAAAUUCUGUAUAUUUUUCAAUCAACAUACGCAUAGAAAUAAUAAGAUAAAAAUUGAUAUAACAAACAACAACAACAACAACAAUUUGGAACAAAAAUUGGACAACAAUAACAGUAAUAAACAGGUAGUAAAAAAUGAUAAAAUUAGGUCAACUAUUAUUAUGGAAAAUCAGAUUGCAGAAUCGCAACCAUCAACAGCAGCAACAACAACAACAACAACAACGAAAUCAAAUGGUUAUAAUAAUGAGAAUCAAAUGAAAGUACAAAAAAAAACGGAAAAGGAAAAUUCGUUGAAACGUUUCGUACCAAAUUCAGGAAUUAUUGCCACACAAAUGGUUGGAAAAACAUUCGAUGAAUCAAGAAUCUGA